GUUAAUUAGAUACUCAGCUAUACUUAUCUUAUUUUCCGAUUAAGUGAUAUAUUAAAAUAAUAUGAUUUGCAAACUUACGUGAAAAAAUAUGAAAACUAAAUUGAAUGAAAUCGCAGUGAUAUUAAUAUGUGGAAUAUUUAUAAUAAAGGAAGUACUCACUAAAGAUUUGAGUGAAGAGGAAAGAGCCUUAAGAGCCGCUUUUGUUCAAAAAUUAUUGAAUAAACAAAAAUAUUUAGAAGGCAAAAUAAGAUUAGUCGGAGGGUCAAACGACUUUGAAGGCAACGUUUAUAUCUACCAUGCGGGCCGUUGGGGAGCCGUAUGCGAUGAUUCUUGGGACAAUGCCGCCGCUCAAGUUGUAUGCAAAGCUUUCAAUAAGACAGGUGUUGCCACGCAUGGUGGGAAGUAUGGAAAAACAACAAGAAAAUUCUGGAUGGACGACGUAGUCUGUCAAGGCGAUGAAAAAUCUUUGUCCCAUUGCGUAUUUACUGGUUGGGGAUUCUCUGAUUGUGAGCCAAGUGAAGUAGCAGGAGCUAUAUGCUCCGAUAGUAACAAUGAAAAACUUGAUGUUUUGUCUAAUUUAGAAAAAAAGAAACGCAUACAUGAGGUUUUGGACGUAAAGAGUGUUUCUUUAAGGCUGGAAGGAAGCAAGACCCCAAAUGAAGGAAGAGUUGAGAUUUACCACAACGGAACUUGGGGCAGCAUAUGCGCUGAUGGCUGGACUCUCUACGAAGCUUCUGUGAUUUGCAGACACCUAGCACUAGGUUUUGCGCAGCAAGCUCUACAGACAGAUUACUUCGGUACAUCAAAAGUCGUGAUGAGUGGAGUAGAGUGUUCAGCAAACGAGAGUAACCUGUUCUUGUGUGCUCAUGAAGAUUUCGGAGAUGUCACAUGUCCUGGGGAGAAAGGUCGCGUCGCUGCUGUAGUUUGCACGCGGAGGCUAGCCGAUUUGCUACUGGACAGUACAGUGAUCGAGAGGACGUCACACCUUCAAGAUGUGCCAAUGUUCCAACUGCAAUGCGCUAUGGAGGAAAAUUGUCUCAGCAAAACUGCGUACGAGAUAAAGGAAAAGAACCCAGACUGGCAGUACGAGACACGACGGUUGCUCCGCUUCACGGCUUCCUCUUUGAAUGUUGGCAACGAUGAGUUCAGACCAUACCUUCCGAAGCAUCUUUGGCAAUGGCAUUUGUGCCACAUGCAUUACCACAGCAUGGAGGUGUUCGCUACCUUCGAUAUCCUGAACAUGGCCGGUCAAAGGGUAGCUGAGGGCCACAAAGCAUCGUUUUGUCUAGAAGACAACACUUGCCUACCCGGGGUUGAGAGGAAAUACUCGUGCAAGAAUUACGGAGACCAAGGUGUAUCCGUAAACUGUUCGGACGUAUAUCAAUAUAAUAUCGACUGCCAAUGGGUGGAUGUUACUGACGUAGAGCCGGGAGACUACACAUUUAAGGUAGCAGUAAACCCUCAUGCCAGAGUAGCCGAACAGCAGUUCCACAACAACGCUGCAACUUGUCAACUACGUCUGACCGACACCUAUGCUACUGUCUACGGAUGCGUAUUGGGUAGACCAUGAACAAAUAUAAUUAGAACUAAGUAGUUCUCGUCCAGGAACUGUCAGAAGAAUUAAUGAAUUUUUCAUCUUAAUUAAAAAAUAUACCUCUACUUCUGUUCUUAUUUAUAAUCUGCUUAAAUUGUACAUCAACAUGUAUUGUAACAAAAGCAACAUUGAAAUUGAAGUACCAUAAAUAUGUAAUACAAAAAAUGCAGAUAAGAAAAUAUGAAUUACCUGGUGAAAGCCAGGCUGGUGUAGGUACUAAUACACAUAUUAUAUUGAUAUGCAAAGG